CCGCGGUUUCCGGACACCGCGCCCCGCAGUCCCGCAGUUCCGCGAGAUGGCGGCGCUGGGGGCCUGGCGGCUGGCGCGGCCCGGCCGGCGCUGGUUCUCGGAGACGGUGCCCACCGCCCCGUCACCGCCCGACAGCCCUCUCUACCCGCCCGUGGUGGCGUCCAUCACGGCCAAGAGCAAAGCGGCCAAAUUGCGGCGCCUGCAGCGCUUCAACCAGCGGGUGCACGCGGCGGCCACGGUGGAGGAGAAGCUGCGGCUGUACGGGAAGCUGCAGCGGCCCAAGUACAUGGUGUACCCGCAGACCUUCGCCCUCAACGCCGACCGCUGGUACCGCAGUUUCACAAGAACCGUCUUAGUGCCGGGGAUGCCCCCGAGAGGCGCGGCCGCGAAGCCCCCGGUAGCGGGGGCAGGAGCGACCCUCGAGGCCGGCAGAGCCCCGGAGCCGGGAGCGGCGGCGCCGGGGGCCGCGGAGACACCGGGGGCCGCGGAGACACCGGGGGCCGCGGAGACACCGGGGGCCGCGGAGACACCGGGGGCCGCGGAGACGCCGGGGGCCGCGGAGGCACCGGGGGCUGCGGCGGCGCCGGGGGCCGCGGCAGGAGCAGCGCCCGAUGUGGAUAUAGGCGAGCUGCGCUCUCUCGCCUGCGACGCCCUUCUCCAGGAGAGCUUCUACCAGAACAAGAAGCGGCCAUUCCUCUACCGCGACCAGGAUCACACACCCGGCCCCUUCCUCACGCAGCUCGUUUCCACCCUCGCCGCUGCCCUGUCCGGUCGCAACCCACUGCUGGCUGAUUCCUCCCUCGAUCUAAACCCUCAAGUUAACUAUUACUGGCAUCACGGUGAGGAAGUUGUUGUUCAUGGACACCGAAAGGGUAGAGUUGAUCCUGUGAGAUUCCAGAUAGAUGAUAACCCACAUCUCCAGAUCCGUGUACCAAAGCAGCUUCCUGAGGUUGUACCCCUGGAGUCAGAUCUUGGAGAUGUUCCUGUUAUUGAUCACAAGCCAUCCAAACUGCCAUUGUUCAAAAAACAGUACGAAAAUAAGGUAUUUAUAGGCUCGAAGGUGGCAGAUCCGUGCUGUUAUGGACAUACCCAGUUUCAUCUGCUUCCUGACAAACUGAAGCGGGAGAGGUUUAUUAGAAACCGCCUCGAGGAUCAGAUCGAGGUUGUUUAUCGAUCCAAUGGAAUUGCAAGUCUCUUUGCCUGGACAGCAGCACAAGCAAUGUAUCAAGGAUUCUGGAGUGAAGCAGAUGUGACCCGUCCUUUUGUAUCACAGGCAGUAGUGACUGAUGGAAAAUAUUUUGCUUUCUUUUGUUACCAGCUAAAUACUUUAGCACUAACUGCAGAAACUGUUAAAAACAACCCUCGAAAGAAUAUCUGUUGGGGUACAGACAGUAAGCCACUGUAUGAUGUUGUGGAAGAUGGUAAUGUGAAAGGCUUUAAUGAUGAAGUUCUGCUUCAGUUGGUUCGUUUUCUACUAAACAGACCAAAAGAGUUGUAAACCAUUAAACCACAUGUAAAGUAUGUGCCUGAACUUCAUUGUGACUCCAUGAAGUAUGAGCUAUACUAUGCCUUGAUUUUAGGCAGGCAUUUGUCUAGCAAACACUGUAUACAUAUUUUAUGUUGUUUGGGCCUUCUUUUUUCUUUCUUAAUGUAUACUGUACACUGGCAAAUAAAUGGCUGAAAUAAUUAAAGUCUUUCAUAUAUUUACUCUUAAAA